GUCGACAUCAACCUGUCCCACAAAUCAGAACAAAAUGGUGCAGAACAAGAUCACUGAAGUUACCGGAUUCCAUCGCUCUUUUAAGGGCCAAAAUCCCUUUGAAUCUGAGGAAUUUUCCAAAACAGGAUCCCAUCUCCUUGAAUCUGCCUUCGAUUUUGAUUGUUCCACCCGACCUGACAUGCUAUCCAGCCAGCCCAUCGACAUCCCAGAUGCCAAAAAGAGACACAAGAAGAAAAAGAGAUGCAGGGCAACAGACAGCUUCUCAGGGCGAUUUGAGGAUGUAUAUAAACUGCAAGAUGAGGUGCUGGGAGAAGGGGCCUAUGCCAGAGUCCAGACCUGCAUCAACCAAAUCACCCACAAAGAAUAUGCUGUGAAGAUCAUUGAGAAAAGGCCAGGACACAGCAGGAGUCGUGUUUUCAGAGAGGUGGAAAUGCUGUACCAGUGUCAGGGCCACAGAAAUAUUCUGGAGCUGGUGGAGUUCUUUGAGGAGGAGGACAAGUUUUACCUUGUGUUUGAGAAGCUGAGAGGAGGUUCAGUCUUGGCCCACAUUCACAAGAGGAGAUACUUCAGCGAGCAGGAAGCUAGCAUUGUGGUGCAGGACAUUGCGAGUGCGCUGGACUUCCUUCACAAUAAAGGAAUGGCCCACAGAGACCUGAAGCCUGAAAACAUCUUGUGUGAGCACGGGGACAGGAUUUCGCCUGUGAAGAUUUGUGAUUUUGAUCUAGGCAGCGGAAUUAAACUCAAUAGUGACCGUUCGCCCAUCUCCACUCCAGAGCUCCUUACUCCAUGUGGAUCUGCUGAAUACAUGGCGCCGGAAGUUGUGGAAGCCUUCAAUGAGGAGGCGACCAUCUACGAUAAGCGCUGUGACCUGUGGAGCCUGGGUGUCAUCCUCUACAUCAUGCUGAGCGGUUACCCUCCCUUCGUUGGCCACUGUGGAAGCGACUGUGGAUGGGAGAAUGGAGACCCUUGUCAUGCAUGUCAGAACACUUUGUUUGAAAGCAUCCAAGAGGGCAAGUAUGAAUUUCCAGAGAAAGAGUGGGCUCACAUUUCCUCAAGUGCCAAAGACCUCAUUUCCAAAUUGCUUGUGCGAGACGCCAAGAAGCGUCUUAGCGCUGCUCAGGUUCUCCAGCACCCCUGGGUACGAGGGGGUGCCUUUGACUGUCUCCCUUCUUCUAUCCUGCUUCCAAGGAACAGCAGCACUAAGGACCUGACGUUCUUUGCAGGCAAGGCUGUUGCCAUGAACCGGCAACUAGCUGAGCAAGACGACCUGGAAGAACAGCAGCUUCAGGACUCGCCUCAGGUCGUCACAGCCAGUGCCACCUCCAUGCGCCUCUCCCCUCCCUCCAACUCUAAACUGGCCAAGCGCAGACAGAGGAGUAGCCUGCUGAAAGGAGCACCUGUGUCUGCCUCCGAGCUCAGGCAGCUCCUGGCACCGCUGGUCAUUGUGGGAGACUGUGUUUAAUCAGUUGGGCUGGGCUCCCCGUGAACAAUUUUCCAAUUUCAAAUGGACAAAGUAUCUGCUACCUUUUGUGCAAAAUCCUCUCCAUUUCUUCUGCCCACUUGAAUGGGACCCAGCCCUUUUCUAAAUGAUGGUUCAGUUUGUGCCUGUUGCAAAUCCAGUUUGCUCCAGCAAGAGCUCCUACAGCACUUUGAUCAACUCGACAGCAUGGCAAUUACGAGCUCAAGGCGAAUGAACUGGACUCCGUUUAGGAUAGAAAUUGGGUUACACAAGCCAUUCAGAAAUUAAAGGUAGAGCGUAAAAUACCAGCUCAGACACCAAAGGUCUAAUACCUCCCACCUCCUUCCCAAACCUCUUUUUGUGCUGCUUCCACGUUACAACUGGAUCCACUGUGAAUUUUCUCUAUGAGAGAUACAACUGCAUUUGUUUUUCAAGGAUUGUUCUUCCUGUAUGUGUUUGUGUGCAUAUAUCCCCCUCCCCUUCAGCAGAUACUGAAGAUACUGGUAUAUGCUUAUGCAACCCUGAUGAAGGCUAUUAUGACUUGCAUUACUUUAGCAGAGAUCUUGUAUAAGUGGAGCGAAGCUCUGAUAAUAGUGCCUCGCCUAAUUUAAUGCAUCAAUGUCCUUCCCCCACAGCCUUUUAAUAGCGACAAGAAAAUCCCCUGACUGACCGUUAGGAAUAGCUAGUUUUUUCUUUGUUAUUCAAGCACUUCCAGACUGUGUCAUUAAAGUUAGACUAUCCCAGCAGUCUGCUUUCAAGACAUGGGUUCCCCUAGUUGAGGAACCAGUAAAUGCAUUUGAUUUAGGGUGUAUAGAAGGUUUUCGCAUUGCAAGACUCAAAUUGGAAUUGCAGCAUCUGGUGCAUCCAAAACCGAUGUCUAGGAAACUCCUAACGUUUCCUGUAAAUUUCACCAAAACCGAAUCAAUAACCAUUAAGAGUGACUAUAAACCUUUCCGUAUCAGAGCGUUUAGGCUUCGAGCUUGUACCCCACUUCAUGUUUAUAGAAAUAUCGAACUGUCAGAUUGUGGAUGCCACCAAAAAGCAACUAUAUAAAUAUUAAGAUGGGAGGGAGAGAUUAUUUUCAAGUAACCUAAAACUAAAAAAAAAAAAAAAAAAAGCAUUCCAGGAAAAAAAUAUAUAUAUAAAAACUAAACAAAAAAAGUCUUCCAAGAAAAUGUAGCUGUAUAAGUGAAAUGGUCUAAGAAAGUUUACUUGUUUUUCUUUUUUAUAUACGUUAAUGGUUGACUCCAGUACAGAGUGUGCCACACUGUUUCAAACGUUGAGCUUUCUUUAACUUUUUAUUGAAAGAAUAUUAUUUUUAUGCAGGUGCUGUUCAAGUGGAAUGUUUUCCUUUUUUAUAGUUUUGUUACUUUAUUCAUGUUGGUGUAUAUGCUGUAAAGAGUGAGAAGAGUGAAUGUGAGUGGAGUUAGGGGGAGAAAGGAAGGAAAAAAGAGAGGGCGUCAUCUUGUCUGUACAGAUCUGAUGUUGUACUGUUUUUGUUCAUGAUUUGGAAAUGGCUUCAGGGUUGUUUAAACUCCCCUUUUCUCUCCGAAAUGAUUGGUGGCUUGAUCGUUUUAGUAAGAUGCAUCAGCUAUAGCCAAAGUGCACUCGUUUCUAAAAUUGAAUGCACUGUGGUAUCUGGUAGUGCUGAUCUUGAAUCCGCUUUAGCCAGUUCAGAAGACACCGCAUACUUGGUUGAGCUGAGCACAGACCAUCAUUCCCUCUCUGAGGUGCAUGAAGCAUUUGAGUCCAGAUGUCUGGAUUCAGAUUAAGUCUUUAUAAAUUCUGCAAGCAUUAAUGUCACCAGUGGGAGUUUAAAUCACCCAAGCAUAUAUUGAAUGUUUUCAGAGUCACCUCUUCUGUCGUGUUGCUCUGAGAUGCUUUGAGAAACCUAAUGGCAGUCCUUGAUUUUGAAGGGCCCAUUGUGCUGAUUAUUAUGACACUGAUUGUAACCUUUGUUUUUGUCUUUCUUUCUUUAAGAAUCUUUUUACAGAUGCAACUUUGUGGGUUUUUUAUGUCUUAUAGUAAGACUUGAAUUGUAUGUGCAAAAGUUUCCUCAUGUUUUGUUCAGGAAACUUCUUUUGCUAUAAUAUACAAAUGGCAAACAACAAUGUUCAUAAGCUGAGAUUUAAAGCAGUUUUUUUUCUGGAAAGUACCAUUUCCACCACUUCUGUUCAGUGUUUUAUCUUUCUCCUUGGCUUUGGUAUAUUGCAGAAAUCCCAAGUGUUUGGGUUUGUAUUUUCUGAAGAGUCUGUGGCGCUUGGCUGGUCCUCUAAAGUCCCUGUGCCUCGGACAAAAGAUUCACCACUCUUUUACCCAUAUUAUAGUUAUGGGUUGCCUUGAAUUAACAGAUCUGACUUGGAUUCUCAAAAAGGGGGAUGUAGAAAGUUCUCAUUCAAUGUUCCUGUUUUACACAGCCCAAUAUUAGCCAUUACAAACCAGUGUAAAUUAUCAUAAUAUGAAGUUUCUUGGUUUUCUUUUUCCCCAAUUCAAAGUUUAUUGGGAUAAUAGUAUUCAGACGCACAAUUGUUUUUAUAUAUAUCUAUAUCUUAAUGUGACCCUCUAGUUUGAAGGCUAUUGUUUUGGGGGUGUUGUCAGCAACACUUAUUAAGAGCACUGUUUGUCCAUUUCCAAAUUCAAAACUUUGUCAAAUAAUAACUGGGGGGAAAAUCUGAAAUGGGGGUCACGUUUAGGGGCAACAGGUAUUGAUUUAAAAAGCACUUUACUGUACAAUGUGGCUGACUGCAGUUCACACGAAGCUAAAUUUAUGACUGUUGUAACAGAAUUUUGUAUCGUUUUGUACAAAUCAAACCAACAAAAACGCAAUAAAAUGCUUUGAACAGUG